GAGCCUGGAGGAUUCUAAGAGUUUCAUGCAGGCCACACCUCCCACGUGGUUCUCCUCUUGAGCACGCCCAACCGUGGGACUACAUUGCCCAGAAGGCCGUGCCAGAUCAAGAGGAGGAAAGUCCGUCCCCACACGGGUUUCCGCUCCUUGAGCGCCUUCGAUACCGGAAGUUUGGCACGCCCCCUGCUCUUGCGCCACCUCAGCGAGGCGCGGCUACCAAGUGCUAGAGGCCAGAGUGAAAGCAAUCAAUGUAGACUUCUCCUGACAGCCCGAACCUGCACCCAAGCCGUGCCCCAGGUCCUGCACGCCCUGCCCGGACACGGACGUAGCCUCCUGCAGCCAACGCCUCUGCCACCUUUUCGUACCUAUAGUUCAAGGGGGAGUCAUGGCUUCGGGCCUCCUGUCUGCCGGGGGUCAGUGGGAAUUGCCGACCUUCAGAGAUGUGGCUGUGGGCUUUACUCAGGAGGAGUGGCGGCACCUGCACCCAUAUCAGAAGGCACUCUAUCGGGAUGUGAUGCUGGAGAACUACCACAACCUGGUCUUCCUAGGACUUGUCGUUUCCAAACCAGCUAUGAUUGGUCAGUUGGAACGAGGAGAAGAACCUUGGCUACCAGAGGGAGCUGUCCCAAGAGGGCUGCGUCCAGGUUGGGAGAGUUGGCCUGAAAUCAAGCAGUCAUUUAUGAGACUGGACAUUCCUCUGGAAGAAUACCAGGAAAGACUCACAAGUUAUGGUCCCCAGGCCUCCUAUUUGGAAGACACCUUAGAAGGUGGGGCAAUAGAGAGGCCGCAUAAUAAUGGGGAAAAACCUUUUGAAUGCAGUGAUUGUGGGAAGACUUUCCGCCUGAGUACUGCUCUUGCUAUGCAUCAGAGAGUUCAUACUGGAGAGAAACCUUAUGAAUGUAAUGAGUGUGGGAAAUCCUUCAGGCAGAGGGCACAUCUUACACAACAUCAGAAAAUUCAUUCGGGAGAAAAACCUCACGAAUGUCAAGAAUGUGGGAAGGCCUUUCGCUUGAGUGCAGCUCUUGCUAUGCAUCAGAGAGUUCAUACUGGAGAGAAACCUUAUGAAUGUACAGAAUGUGGGAAAGCCUUCAGGCAGAGGGCACAUCUUACACAACAUCAGAAAAUUCAUACUGGCGAGAAACCUCAUCAAUGUAAAGAGUGUGGGAAGGCCUUUCGCUUGAGUACAGCUCUUACGAUGCAUCAGAGAGUUCAUACUGGAGAGAAACCGUAUCAAUGUAAGGAAUGUGGGAAGGCCUUUCCCUUCAGUACAGCCCUAAUUAUGCACCAGAGGGUUCAUACCGGAGAGAAACCAUAUCAUUGUAAUGAAUGUGGCAAGGACUUCCGCAUGAGUACAGCUCUUACUAUGCAUUUGAGAAUUCAUACUGGAGAGAAACCUUAUGAAUGUGACGAAUGUAGGAAAGCCUUUUCCAGGAGCACAGACCUUACUCACUAUCGGAGAGUUCAUACAGGAGAGAAACCAUACCAGUGUGAUGAAUGUGGGAAGUCCUUCAGGUGGUGGACACAUCUUACUCGCCAUCAGAGACUUCAUACUGGAGAAAAGCCUUAUCAGUGUGAAGAAUGUGGGAAAGCUUUCAGUCGCAGGACACACCUUACUCGUCAUCAGAAAGUUCACGGUGGGGAGAAGUCUUAGGAAUGGGAGAAGUCUUUCUGUCAGAGUACACAGCUGACUAAUCAUUAAGAGUUUAUUCUGUGGAGAAAUCUUAUGUAAUCAAUAUAGGAGACUGUUAGACAGACCACAUACCUCAUUUGUCAGAAAAGUCAUCCUGGAGACAAAUGAAUUAAUCGUAUAUGGGAAGAUUUACUUGAGCACAGCUCUUAGUCUAUAGCAGAAAGUUUAUACCGGAUAGAUAGAUGCCUUACUAAUGUAAUGAAUUUGGGAAGGUCUUCUACUAGACCUCAUCUCUUAUCUAAAUGAAAGGUGGUAUUGGGUAGAAGUCUUAUGACUCUGCACAGACCUUCAGAGAUUAGUUCUUAUUAUGCAUCCGCAUUCAUACUCAAGAGAUAACUAAAUAAGACUUUUAUUUGACCUCAGAUGACUCAUACUGAUUGAGAUUUAAUGGAUGCAGAACAUAGCUCUGAAUUAAAUAUGCAUUUAACAGUGGAAAC